AUGUGGAAGGACUCCAGCAAUGAUGAUGCCAGACCAGUGGCCUCCAGCGACGGCUCCUCUCGCAGCGCAAGUCGCAGGAAGAGAACCAGCUUUUCCAAAGAACACGUGGAGCUCCUGCGCGCCACCUUCGAGACCGACCCGUACCCUGGCAUCAGCCUCAGAGAGAGCCUAUCCCAGACCACAGGCCUGCCAGAGUCACGCAUCCAGGUGUGGUUUCAGAACAGAAGAGCUCGCACCCUGAAGUGCAAAGGAGCCAAGAAAGCACUGUGGCAGUCUGAUAGCCCGGGCCAUGAUGCUCUGCCUCGACUUCAUGCUGUAGCCAGCAGGGGCCCGCAGGGUGGCUCUGUGCAUCGGCCACCACAGGGCCCUCCACCUGCCUACCCAACCCAGGUGAAGGAGGAGAUGGAUGAAGCCUGCUACUACGGUCAACAUCCACCAGCCUACUCCACCAUUGAGGAGCACUAUGGCUCCAUGUAUGGGCUCCAGCAGGGUAGAGCGCUGGGAGGCAGCUCCAGCCCACCCUUGAGGGGCUUCUGGUCCAAACCGGGCAGCCAAACCUUCCGUGUCCCGCCUCAUUGGUGCCACUCUCCCGUGGAGAUGAGAAACUAUGGCUCCAGUCAGGCAGCCUUCGUGUAUCCAGGAUCAGCAGAGCAGCAGAGGUAUAUGCCCUGCUCCACCUCCCACUCCUCAACUCCGGACACCCCUGAUUCUGGAUACUGGGAUGCAGGUCUGGAGAGCAGUCCACCAGUGGAAAGUCAGUACUCGCAGCUGGAGGAUUCAUGGAGCGGGGUUGCUCCAGAAGGCUGCAGGCAGUCCGAGCAGCACGGCCCGCUGCCUGAGCUGACCCUGCAGGAGAUUCUGGGGGAGCUGGAAGAGCACUGGAUGGGAACAGAGGGACUGGACAUUCAUGCUACUGGGGAUAAAAUGUAUUUCUGCUAAUGACUGUCAUAAGGAUACAAUGGACAAUUAGAAACAUGUAUUAUUUUGAUUCUAGUAAUUUGUGUAUUGCUUCUGUGAUGUGUAAAAAACCCAGAACUUUUGGAAAUGGGUUACACAU